UCAGAAUUUUGCUGCUGUCGACGAGCGACGGUGUUUUAGACAGUUUACCUUCACGAAAUCUGUUGCUUAAACGCUUUUCAAAAUGAGAGAGAUUGUUCAUCUUCAGGCUGGUCAGUGUGGGAAUCAAAUUGGUGCAAAAUUUUGGGAGGUGAUCAGUGAUGAGCACGGAAUCGACCCAACCGGCACCUACCACGGUGACAGCGACCUGCAGCUGGAGCGGAUUAACGUGUAUUACAACGAAGCCACUGGUGGAAAGUAUGUCCCUCGGGCUGUACUUGUGGACUUGGAGCCAGGGACCAUGGACUCCGUUAGAUCUGGUCCUUUUGGUCAAGUUUUCAGACCAGACAACUUCGUCUUUGGUCAGAGUGGGGCUGGAAACAACUGGGCCAAGGGCCAUUAUACUGAAGGUGCUGAGCUGGUAGACUCCGUGCUGGAUGUUGUACGUAAGGAGGCUGAAAGCUGUGACUGCCUACAGGGCUUUCAGCUCACUCACUCCUUGGGUGGCGGCACCGGAUCAGGCAUGGGCACGCUGCUCAUCAGUAAGAUCCGUGAGGAGUAUCCUGACCGCAUCAUGAACACUUUCAGUGUUGUGCCAUCUCCUAAAGUCUCAGACACUGUGGUGGAGCCCUACAAUGCCACUUUGUCUGUACACCAACUGGUGGAGAACACUGAUGAGACAUAUUGCAUUGACAACGAAGCCCUUUAUGACAUUUGUUUCCGUACUUUAAAGCUCACAACUCCUACUUAUGGGGAUCUCAACCAUCUUGUGUCUGCCACCAUGAGUGGUGUGACCACCUGCCUCCGUUUUCCUGGACAGCUCAAUGCUGACCUGCGAAAACUGGCUGUCAAUAUGGUGCCCUUCCCUCGUUUGCACUUCUUCAUGCCUGGUUUUGCCCCACUCACCAGCAGAGGGAGCCAGCAGUACCGUGCACUCACUGUGCCCGAAUUAACACAGCAGAUGUUUGAUGCCAAGAAUAUGAUGGCAGCGUGUGACCCACGCCAUGGCCGCUAUCUGACUGUGGCUGCUAUCUUCCGGGGCCGCAUGUCCAUGAAAGAGGUCGAUGAACAGAUGCUCAAUGUGCAGAACAAAAACAGCAGCUAUUUUGUAGAGUGGAUCCCAAACAAUGUCAAAACUGCUGUAUGCGACAUCCCACCAAGGGGGCUUAAAAUGGCUGCCACUUUUAUUGGUAACAGCACGGCCAUCCAGGAGCUGUUCAAACGCAUCUCUGAGCAGUUCACAGCUAUGUUUAGAAGAAAGGCCUUCCUGCAUUGGUACACAGGAGAAGGAAUGGAUGAGAUGGAGUUCACAGAGGCAGAAAGCAACAUGAAUGACCUGGUGUCUGAGUACCAGCAGUACCAGGAUGCCACAGCUGAAGAAGAGGGUGAGUUUGAGGAAGAGGCAGAAGAGGAGUUGGCAUAAAGAUCUGUUAAUCUUUUACAUAUUCUUAUUUUCACAAUUUCUAUGUAAAAAAUUAACAGUUAACAAUUGAGCCUUUGUACUUUCCAUCUUUCUAAUAAAUUUAUACCUUUGGCAA